AUGAAUCUUGGAAACUACAACAACAUAUUUUAUAAAUCUCGCAGAAAAUUAAAUAAAAAUUCUAAUGGGGGUAGUUAUGCUGUAUAUUUAAAUGAAUAUAAAAACUCUUUUUCAACAAGAAAUUCUUCCCCUAAUUAGGCUUCAUUUAGAACAAAUGGUCAUAUAAAAUUACCUACAGAAAUAAAUAACUCAAACACCUAUAUGAUAUAUCCUAAGAGUUUAUAGACUUCUCCUAAUUCUUCAAUUCAUAAAAAUUCUAUUUACUAAUCUCCAUAUAAAUAUAUCCCUAGAUAAAAAAAGGAGGAUUUAGAUUUUGAUGAUCAAAUAUAAACUACUAUAAAUAGCGAUUCUAAAUAUUAAAAAAGAUAUUAUAAAAGUGCUCUAGAUAAUUAUGAUAAUAUUCCAGGUAAAAGAGAUACAAAUAGGACAUAUUAGGAUGAUUAAAAAUAGACUAUUUUGUUACCCUCCAUAGUUAAGGAGAGAGAUUAAAGUGGUUUUAAAAACAAUGAAAAUUCUGACUCUGAAAAUUAAUUAAAUAUCAAAGAGCGAGUUGAUGCAUCAUAUGAUUUUUUCUAAAAGAUACUUAGAGAAGUUCGAAAGAACUCAGAAUUUAAAAGGGAACUUGAAGAGGAAUAUCACAAAACAAGCAAUAGUAAAAAAAGAAAUAAGACAUUAGAUAAUCAUGAUAAAGAUUUUGAUGAUCCUAUCAUGAAUAAUCAUAGCUCAAAGCAAAGAGAGCAUUCCUUUUCAGGAGUUAAAAGUGUGAGAUAAUCAAAAGAUUCAACAGAUGAAUCUAUAAGAAAGACAGAUUUUAAAUUGAAUUCCCUCAAAACACCAAACUAUAAGUACAAGCAGUCUAGAUUAAAUAAAACUGAAAUGACUGAGAUUGAUGAUUUCGAAUAAGAUUAAGAAUAUUAAAAGCAAGUAAAUUUUAUUAAUAAGACUAAAAGUUCAAAAAAUGAAAACAAAUUAGAUAGUAUUCAUUUGGACUAAAAUAUAAUUCAACUCAAUAACUUAAAUGAUAAUUAAUCAGUAUAAGAAGGUAAAAUUAAAUAAAAGUAAGCUAAAAAUUCUUCACCAAACAGUAGCUAAUAAUUACAAAAUUAAAUUAGAAAUAAAGAUGAAAUUUCAGAUGAUUAUAAAAAGUUUAUGCUAAGUAAAAGAGGCAUCAAUGUGCCUAUGAGAAGUGUGAGAUCAUCUCAAUAAGCAAGCCCUUUAAAAGCUUCAUAUGAAAAAAAUAAAAAACAUAUUAUUGAUGACUUUGAUGAGAGUUAAGUGGAUGAGAAUAAUAAAGAUAAAAAUAACUAGGAGGCAUUGAAUAGUAAAGUAUUUAAAAAAGAUUUGAUAAGAAGAUAUAAAGAAAUUUUGGGUCACAAUAACCUUUAAAAGGAAGAAACUUUUGAAACUAAAUAAAAAGCUUUUGACCUGACUCACACUUAUUAUUCUUAAAAACUGAGUUUGCUUGAAAAGUAAUUAGGAAGAAAAAAAACAGAGAAUGAAAUUCUCGAAUAUAAAUUUGAUGAGUCUUUAACAAAUUAUAAGUUACAAACAGCUAGCGAAUAAAGUAAAAUUAGAUAAAGGAGAUAUAGCAAAUAGCUUGGAACUCUUAAUAGUGAUUCUAAAAACUAAACAAAUGAAAUAAAUAGUUAGAUCAACUAAGACAAUACAGUGCUAUGCUAAGAUGAUGAAGAUUUAAAGAUGGAAGUUUGCAUGCAGUGCAAUAGUAAAGACAUCGUUUAGUAAGUAAAGGAUGGUCAUGAAGUUAAACUGGAAUGCCAAAUUCAAAUAAAAAACACCGAUUUAUCAUAACUUAGAAGGAGGUCGUCAAACUUCAUAGAUAUAAUAUUUGUAAUAGAUAAUGUAGAUAAAAUUAUGAAUAGUAAAUAUUGGUAGAUCUUUGAAUUUAUCAAACAUUUGCUUAGAGAAUUAGAUGAUAAAGAUUAAGUGUGUCUUCUUGUUUAAAAUAAUCUUUCAGAAGAUUUCGAAUAGCUUCAAGAAUUAAAUACUGAAAAUAGAAAGCAUUUUUUAAAAAUACUAGAAAGAAUACCAACAGUAUCUUAGUCAUCGAUGUAUAGCUUAUUACUCCAUGCUUAUAAAAUUAUCUAACAAAAAGAAAAUAAAAGUAGGUUCUCUCAUAUUUUUGUUUUUGGGGAUAGCUAAAAUAUUUCUGUUUAUCAAAAAGUUAACUAAAAUCUCAAGAAUCAAAUUUCUUCUCAUGCUUUGAAAUCGACAUUAAAAAAUUCAUAAAAUUUAUCAUUCUUAAAUUCACCUUAAGUUUAAUAUAAUUAAAUUGAAGAAACAUCCACAAUUUCUAAAUACUUUUGUUUAGAAUCUACUUCUAAGCUGAAUCAAUUAGGCUAAUAUGAUGAUAUAUUCGACUUUUGUAACACUUUAGAGCAUCCUAGUCCUCAAAAAAAUUAUAAUAAUUAGUAAAUGGAUAAAGCUCAAAAAGAUCAAUAAAACAUAAGCAACCACAAAGACCAAAAUAGCACAAAUGUUCAAAAAGACCAGUAAAGUGUAAAUAAUCAGUAGAUUCCAAAUAAUAAAAAUACAGAUAGCCCAAAUAAAUCUCAAAAUAAUAAUAGCAACACAAAAAAUGAUAAUAAGUAAAAUAGUAAUCAAAGUAAUUAACAAGUUAAUAAAUAAAAUUAGUAAUAAAAUAUCCCUUAAAAAACUCAAAACUAAGAUCAACUAAAUAGUAAUUAAUAGAGUAAAGAUUAAAAUUAACCAUCAAGCCAAAAAUCAAAUAUUAAUUAGUAAUUUUCUUAGCAAAGUGAAGCUUCUAAUAACUAAAAAACUAAAUUAGAGUAAAAAGCAACUAAAAAUAACCUUUCAGACAUAGUAGAAUAAAAUGAUGAAGAAAAUCUUCAUAGCUCAAGAUAAAAUUUUUACAAGAAUUCUGAAAAUAAAGAAAAGCUUGUUUAAAUAAAAUCUUUUUGUAAAGAAAUUUUGUAAUAGACUUUAAAUAUAAUUUAAGCUGAUCAAUUACUUGAAUUAAGAAUAAACCCUGUUUUUAGUGACGUAUUCAAGAUAACUUAGAUAUUUAAUGAAAAAUAUACCUAAGAUGAAGAAAAUAAUGUUUUUAUAUUUAAAAGUAAAAUUAUUGACAAAUCAAAAGUAAAGACCAUAAGCUUUGAAGUAGAAGUGUAAAGGUAACUUUUUGGGCAAAUUAUACAAAAUUCUCAAAAUAAUAUUUUUGAUGAACAUUCAAUUGUUUAAUCAAUUUAUGCUAUUCAUGAUUAGCACGUAUCUAUAAAAACUGAAUUGUAUUUAAGAUUAAAUAAUUAAGAGAGGACAGAUUAGCAUCAAAAUUAAAAUAAGUGA